AUGGAUGUUCAUAUAGACCCUGAAGUGAGUAAACACCAGGAGAUAAUUGAUGCUAUUACUAGUGCAACUACUGCCUUAAGUCAAAGAUCACCAGAAACACCAGCAAAUCAACAACACGCUGGAUUAACUGAAAAAGAAGACAGUACUCACAAAAAUAAUGAACUAAGUUACGAGUUUAUUAAUGAGGAGCAAAAUAAAAAUGAAUCCACUGAAACUGCCGAAGAAGCUUUACAUAUGUUACUUAAUGAACACCAUGCCGACAGAGAAAUAUUCGAAGACCUUAAUCAGAGCCAUUCAGACAUCCAAAAGCCUCCUAUUAACAAAGAAGACGAAUCGAAACCUUCCGAAGUGAAACUUGUAUCAUACGACCCUGAUUCAAAACCACCUCGUUUAGGAAGACCACGACGCAACAUAACAAAUACCUUAGCUCCACCAGAAUCAUCCUCAUCGAAGAAUUAUAACGAAGCAGUGAUGUCUAAGUUCAGAUUAGAUUCCCAGCCAAUUGAAGGCCCUGGAUCACGUGGGGGCAAAGGAGGUCGAAAAAGUCCUAAAGGUAGAAUCACUUCUGCAUCAAUUAGAAAAAGGACUACCCAAUCUACUUUAAACUUUAAACCUUUAGGAGAUAGCAAUACAAAGUCCAUUUGUCUCAGUCUAAGUAAUGAUGAUACAAAAGACCAUGAAAAAAUUGACGAACAAGGGGAAGGAUCUCAGACAAAAUCGCCAAAGUUGAUUUUAAAGCUUAAUUUAAAGAAGCAGGUACCAUCAUCAAAUAAUCGUACAGCUUUAUUGGAACAAAAGUCUGAUUCGCUGAGUACAUCAGUGAAAAAUCUAUCUUCAAAUACAACGGGAAUAAGUACCAAUAAAAAGACAAGAUACCCUCAAAAAGCUAGCAGAACAACCGUUUUGAACAAUAAAAAUAAGAUUACUCGACAGUUACCAGGUCCUCUUGUUGGUUUAUAUUAUGACUUAUACGAUGAUGGUUUGGUUGACAAAUAUUUUGACGCUAAACAUGAAAAAAUUGCCCUUGGAUAUCCCGUUGCUAAGGCUCCAUAUGCCAAUGACAUCGUAUUCAUAAUAUCUUUUCUUUCAAAAUUUAAAGCGAUUAUACCCACUGAUAAUAUUGGUCCUCAAAAUUUUGAAUAUGGCUUAAGCUUACCACUAUUUGAGGAAGAUUCUGAGUAUGAAACAACAAACUACGUCAAGCGACAUCAAGAAAAUGAAAAUGAUGAUUAUGAUCUGAAGUUUGUUUCGUCAGAAAUGCAGGCAUUAUUUAAGAAAUUACUUGGGUUGGUUUUGAAUAGGAAAAAGCCAGUUUCUUCGCACAUGAAGGCAAUUCAAGAAUUAAAACCGCAGAGUGUUAAUUUAGGAUUACCAAAGGAAUGGAAGGUUUUAAAGCGCUCUGAUAAAAACAACCAAGAUGAUCUUGAUCAGGGACCUCCAGUGGACCCUUCUAACCCUGAAAUUUUAUUAAAUAAACUUCCGGAAAGUGACAAUUGGUUGAUAAUUUUUAAUCCAUUCUACACUCAGGAAUUUGAGGCUCACGGUUUAGCAGGGUUGGAGAACCCGUUGGAUAGAUUGGUGAUGUUGCGUACUCUAGUACACUGGGCACUAGCGAACUCGGAAGCUGUCAAGAGAGAGAUUACUUCCAGUGUUCAACAGCAAGAUAUUCCAGGAGAUAAGGAUACUUACUAUGCAGCAAGAGCCAUUCUCAAUGGGUUUAAGGAUGCUCAGGAAGCAAAAAGGGUGGCUGAAACAAAGCUAGCUAAAAGAAAAUCCGAAGAAGAGAUUCGAUAUAUUGACCCAACUUCUGACCCUAUGGCUCAUCCUUUUAAACUUCGAUUAAACGAACAGAUCGCAGGUGAUUGUGGGUUUGGUAUAGGAAGGUUUUAUUUAUGUCAUAUGGCCGAUGAUUUUAAUGGAGGGUUGGCGUCGGUAAAGAAGAUGAAUAGCACAUGGAGUGGCUCAGCUGGUUUGUCUGGUCCUUUACCAUCACCCUUUAAAUUAUAUGUUCAGGAUGUUCACCAGAUGUUAACAGAAUCUUUGGUUGUUUCUGGCGUUGAGUUUAAUGAAGAUGGUGUAGAGCUUCCCUCUUCAUUCAAAGAAACCGAUGAAAGUGAAUAUUGGUACGAAGUAGCAUCAAAUAGUGCCGAGCUUCAGGAUUUCAUUCACUAUCUUGAGUCUAGAUUGUCUUUGAAAGAGAGAGCAGAAUCACCAAUCCCAAUGGCCUCGAUCAUCUUUAAACCAGUUGUACAAUUGCGUGAUUACUUGUCAGCCUUACUACCAUUAAUUCAAAAACAAGAAGAAUUGUUACAAACAAAGAGAUCGACAAGAAAGAGACCAAUAGAUUAUAGUGAUAGACGUGCUGCUGCAAAAUAUGGUGAUGUAUUUGAAGGAGACGAAUACAUUGAUGCCAACGACAAUGACGAUGACAAUUAUAUGGAGGUUGAAGGAUCUCCUGGUGGUGAAGAUGAAGAUGAAGAGUAUUUGGAUUAG